UGAUGCUGCUCCUCAGUCUUUGUGCUUCAGUCAGAGAGCACGAGGAGGAGACACGCGGAGGAGACACGCGGAGGACGCACAAGGAGACAGGAGGAGGAGACACGAGGAGGAGGACACACGAAGAGGACGCACGAGACGGUGACAUCAUGCAUGAGCCUCCGCUGACCGAGACGUUUUCUCUGACGACCAACACAAGCUCAAUCGAGUGCCGGCCCCCGUACGACGAAGGCCGGCUGCCGCUUGUGCUGCUGUACAGUGUUGUGCUGGCGGUCGGACUGCCGGCUAACCUGCUGACCGUCUACCUCACCUGGCUGCAGGUGUGCAGGAAGAACGUGCUGGGCGUGUACCUGUGGAGCCUGUCUCUGUGCGACCUCACAUACCUGGGCACUCUGCCACUGUGGACGCACUACGUCAGCGGAGGUCACUCGUGGCCCUGGAGCUCGGCCGCCUGCAAGCUAACAGGCUACAUCUUCUUCAACAACAUGUACAUCAGCAUCUUCCUGCUGUGCUGCAUCUCCUGCGACAGGUACGUGGCCGUGGUCUACAGCGUGGAGUCCCGCGGACUCCGCCGGCAACGCGUCGCCACCCUCAUCGCCCUCUUCAUCGUACUGCUGGUCGCCGUCGGUCACAUCCCCGUCUUCACCAUGAGGGAGGGCGACGCCGCCGAGGGCGACCGCCGCUGCUUCGAGCCGAGUCAAAGCAGCGCCACGGUGACGGGCUUCAACUACGCUCGCUUCGUGGUGGGCUUCCUGGUACCACUGCUGGUGCUGGUGGUGACCAACCACGGCAUCCUGGCUAACGUGCAGCGCAGUACCGGGCUGCGGAGAGAACAGAAGGCGCGUGUUGGCUGGCUGGCGGUGGCGGUGGUGGUUCUGUUCCUGGUCUGCUUCGCCCCGUACCACCUUAUCCUGCUGGUCCGAGCCGUCAUGUUCCACUUCCCCCAGCUGGAGGACUGUCUGUUCGAGAGGACCAUGUACACGCCGAACACCAUCUCGCUCGGUCUGUCCACUGUCAACAGCGCCGUCAACCCCAUCCUCUACGUCCUGUCCAGCGACAACAUCCGCAAAGAGCUGAGCCAAGGACUCGUGCAGGUCUGGGACAGAGCUCACCUGAGACCGCGAUCCCACAGCAGCCACAACAAGAUCCAGCCCACCAAGAACUCCUCAGACCUGAAUGUAGUGACCGAGACCGAGAGGCACCAGGGAGGAAAACCACCGGGGACCUGAAAGGCCGACCUCUGCUGGAAUCUACUGGUCUUUUCUGGAAGAGUCCCACCAGUUGUGGGUCUGAACAUGUACUUUGAGUAACAGGAAGGAGAUCAGAACGGUUAUUGGUCAUCUCGACCAAAGAUGAACCGGACGAACCAGAUCAAUAAAGUUGAUCAAAAAAGUUUUUAAACUGAGACUUUUCAGACUCUCCGAUUUGUUUAAUAAAGAACAAACUGAAACCGUUUCUUAUUUGUUCAUUUCAGUGAAUAUGUGAUAUCCUGAAUAAAGUGAAAUAUUUGAAUUUAUACAAAAUAAAUUGAAUUAAAUCAGCUGUGUGACCACGUGUUCCUCACGAGGAUACUAUCUCGUUCACUAGUCGGGUUUUAUGUGUUGAGACAACUUGAGCCGCGAAGCAUACGACGGGUUUCUCCACGUUUCAUCACUUCCUCAUUUAGAUCAGCUCUCACUUGUGUUUGUGAGGUUACGUUGAACGUAAUAUCCCAGCACACCUGAGUCUGUGAGUUAAAAUACGUUAACGUGCUUCAGACGAGUCGUAGCUGCAGCUUUAAAUAUUUAUUUUAUUAACAAGAUCUGUUUAAAUGUUUUUCAUGAUUU